UCGAUUCAUUGGAAUUUAUCUUUUUCACAUAAUUAAAAUGUUUUUGUUAUUAUUAACGUAAGCAACACUACAAACUUGAAACCAAAGUACAACAAAUUCACUAUAUAGACACAACACAAACUGAAUCAUUUAUUAAUGUGAAAGAUUCAUCGUUUUCAACCAAAAAAAAACACAGGAUCGCUGAUUAAUGUUUCUUGAAAAACAUGAAGUUCUGCAAAAAAUACCAGCAAUACAUGCAAGGCCAGGAGAACAAGAAGCUUCCUGAAGUUGGAUUCAAGAAGCUCAAGAAGAUCUUGAAGAAGUGCCGUAGCGACCAUUCUCAUUCUCAUUCUCAUUCUCAAUCUCAAUCUCAAUCCCAUAAAGCAUCUCAAACCUGUCCCAACCAGUGCUCAGUGUGUGAUGGAACGUUCUUCCCUUCGCUUCUCAGUGAAAUGUCUGAGAUAGUUGGAUGCUUUAAUCAACGUGCACAGAAAUUGCUUGAGCUUCAUCUUGCUUCUGGUUUCAGAAAGUAUCUUUUAUGGUUCAAAGGGAAAUUUCAUAAGAAUCACACUGCUCUUAUUCAAGAAGGUGAAGAUCUUGUUACUUAUGCACUCAUCAACGCCACCGCAAUUCGAAAAAUUCUAAAGAAAUAUGAUAAGGUUCAUUAUUCGAAACAAGGUCAAUUGUUUAAGUCACAGGUACAAAGUAUGCAUAAGGAAAUUCUUCAAAGUCCAUGGCUUUGUGAACUCAUGGCUUUUCACAUCAAUUUGAGAGAAACUAAGGUGGACUCAAGGAAGGAAACAGCUUUGUUCGAUGAAUGUUCUCUAACAUUUAAGGAUGGAAAACCAUCACUUACUUGUGAGCUUUUUGAUUCUGUCAAAAUUGAUAUUGACUUGACUUGUUCUAUAUGCUUGGACACAGUGUUUGAUCCAGUUUCUCUGACUUGUGGUCAUAUAUUCUGUUACAUCUGCGCUUGCUCGGCUGCAUCGGUGUCGAUUGUCGAUGGACUUAAGGCCGCGAAUCCUAAAGAAAAAUGUCCUCUAUGCCGCGAGCGUGCGGCUUAUGAAGGUGCUGUGCAUUUGGAAGAACUAAAUAUUCUGUUAGGCCGAAGCUGCCAGGAAUACUGGGAACAAAGGCUGCAAUCUGAGAGGGUAGAAAGGAUUAAGCAAAUAAAGGCACACUGGGAUUCACAGUGUAGAGCUUUUAUGGGCGUUUGAGAAAAUCAUCAAACUUCUAUGGUAGUGUACAGGAGUGGUUUAUGGGCUGAAAUUGUGAAUACACAUUUGUUUGAUUGUAUGUGUUAUGUGUUUAAUAAUUAGUAUGCUUUCAAACUAUCUAUUUGGAGUUUGUCAUGUCUUGUUCUCGCAUAGACUUGAUAAACAUGUGAUAUGAGUUUCGUGUUGCUGUGGUUUUGUUGCAAUCUUCUCUCUUACUUUUAGCUUU